AUGAACUCCUUGUCUCGAUAUUUGCGCAUACCGCGCCCAACACGAUUCCUCGCCAUUCUGUCCCUCUGUACUGGCGUUGAGAUGGUUUGCCUAUCGAUGAUCUUUAAUAAAAUUACUGGAUUUUAUGGCCUACUUGCUAUUCUCGCAGGCUUACGUUUUUCAAUUCUUCAGCUUAUAAUGUACCUGUAUUCGUGUAUAACGCUCUUAAUCGUUGUUCUACUUCUCGCUCAUCUCCGAAAACAGUCACCCUUCCAAUGCAUUUUAUUCGCCUACUUCUAUGUCGUUGAUACUAUUGUCAGCACAGUAUUUACCAGUGUCUGCGCUGCAUCUUGGUUCCUCACUGUUAGGUUUGGAAAUGAACUUCAAAAAACUACGGCAGGCAAGCAUGGGGCAUCCGGCUUCUCAAACAUUGGCUACAACAUGAGCGAAAACUCUGAGGAUAUUAAGCAAUUAUCUCGUGUAACAGCAGCACAGGAAGCGGUUGCAUACGGGGUCGCUUCAGCGACUGCGAGCUCAGGUUCAGGAUUCGAGGAGACAGUUCCUAGUAUGGCCCUUGUCGUAGCCCUAACGCUUAUACGAUUCUACUUUGUGUUUGUAGUGCUAGCAUAUGCGCGACAGGUAAUCCGCCUAAACUCAUAUGGGGCGAGCUUUACAAAGUUACACUUACAUACAGAUGGAAGCGCGGAUGCCGUAUCCGAUGAAAAUCCCUUCGCUGUCGGUUGUUUCGCCGGGGAUGGUUGGAAGGGGAAAAUGGGUCGGAUUAUGGUCAAAAUUGGGGAGAGUUAUUGGUUAGGUGAAAAGACACAUCAAGAAAGCUGGGCCCAGCGUAUUGACAGUCGGUUUCGGCCUUCCAAAUUCGCUAUAGGGCCGCCUGGUACUAUUGAAAGGGAACGUAGAGCGAGAAGUGGCACAGGCCCACCAGCGCCUGCAUCCAUUCUUAAACUAUAA